UUACCCACCACGGAUGGAUGGAAGGCUGAGUGGACCUCGACCCCUUUUACCAGAGAUUCGACUUCCUCCUUCCGUUGGAACUGAACUCCGGCUGUGACCAGAGCUUCGGCUGCGUUACCGCCGCUUACCAUUCUGCGCCACUGAAAUCAAUAGACGUGACUGACUUAACCCCAUUGAGUUCAACGGGUCUAUUCUGAGAAUAACAUAGUUAGAUCCAACCCCCACAUCUGUGAUAAUAACCGACUCCACGGCCUUGAUAUCCGCUUGUUGUCGGAGGGGAGGUCGUCUGCCAUGAGGGGGCGCUGGCCCACGGGGAAGAUCGGCCGGAGGGACGCUCUGAGGCGACGAUGAGGCGGGGAAAGCGCGGCAAUAACAUCACGGCCUCGGCCGCCGCCACCACUGCUAUUACGAGUAGGCCGCAGCUCGUUCGGCCCUAGCAACGGCGGUGGAGAGCGCAAAAUGGCGGGAAGGAAAGAGCUGCUGGCGCUGUUGGUCCUCUCCUUCUUGUUUCUUUUGCUGACCAGCCCCGGAGCCUGGUCGGCGCGGAGCCGCAACUCCGACAAGCAGAACAGCCUCCGGCGGGCAGCCAGCGGUGUCUACCAGAGCGUGAGCGGCCUCUUCGGCGAGGAGAACGUGCGCGCCCUGCACAAGAUGUUCUCCAGACUGACGGAGCGAUUUGUAUAUGGUGUGGAUGUUCUAGUAGAUACAUUCUGGAGAAUAUGGACAGAUCUUCUGGAUGUCCUUGGAAUUGAUGGUUCCAACUUGACCCAUUAUUUCAGUCCUGGAGCCCUCGCCAGCAACCCCACCCGUGCUCUUCUGCUGAUCGGUGCCAUUUUGCUUGCCUAUUGGUUUGUCUCUCUCCUCCUUGGCUGCUUCUUCUAUCUCUUGCAUGUGCUGUGUGGCCGAUUCUUCUGGAUUGUGAGGGUUGCCCUCUUUGCGCUUUCAUGCGUGUACAUCCUUCAGAAGUACGAAGGUGAACCAGAACAUGCAGUCCUUCCUCUGUGUUUUGUUGUGGCCGUCUAUUUCAUGACUGGGCCGGUUGGCUUCUACUGGAGGAGGAAUAGCCACAGCACCCUUGAGGAAAAGAUUGACCAUCUUGACAGCCAAAUCCGACUCCUGAAUAUACGUCUUUCUAGGGUGAUCGAAAACAUGGACAGGGGCGGUGACCAGUGAAACAAAAUGGUUAGCUCACUUUUGACACUAGCUGUCCAAGAAAUCACCAAGCACUGUCUCUAGGUCAUGAAAAAGUUAGCAAAGCAACAAGCCAACACUGGGAUAAAACAAUGUGCAUCAUUAAGCCGUUAAAUGUUAACAGUAGUUUAUCUAGAUAAUUUCCUGAAAGAAAAAAGUACACUUUUAAGAUAAGUUUGUUUAGUUGUAUAUUCAAAGAUUUUUCCUCCAUAAGUAGAAUUUUAUCUGCUUACUUUUUUCCAAGCAUUUAAAACACCUUUUGUAAAAGGUUUUUUAUAAAGGCAUAUUGAGUAGUUAAAAUUGAUUAAACAUUUAAUGGAGCUUUAUGAUCUGACAUUUUAAAAGAAGGAAGAAGGCUUAAAGAAUUCUAUCAAAUGCUUCUGUUGAGAAAAAUGUUGUUUGUGGGGGGGGUCAGCUUCUCAUUUUUAUAAUUUAAUUUAGUGUUCUUUUUUCUGCUCUCACAGAUUGACUUAUUUUCAUUGCCUCAAGUUGCCUUUUUGUAUAAUUGCAGGGGAAGGAGUUUCUUCUAGUCAGAACAAAAUAUCACUCACCGUGGCUUUUUAUGACAAAGGAGGGUAUCCACAGGACACAAAGUGCCCUUUAAAGCCCAGAAGAAGAACUUGUAUUUCUUGUGUGUGUCUUCCCCGCAGAGCUUGGAAAAGUUACUUUUUUGAACUACAACUCCCAUCAGCCCAAUCCAGUGGCCAUGCUGGCUGGAGGUGAUGGGAGUUGUAGUUCAAAAAAGUAUCUUUUCCAAGUUCUGCUUCCUUGUCCCGUUUGCUAGUCAUAUUAGAGAAGGGAUGGGAAACCUGCGGCCUUCCAGAUGUUGUUGCACCAUUGGCCAUGGUAGCUGGGUCUGAUAGGAGUUAAGAGUCCAACAAUGUCUGGAGGGCCAUAGGUUCCUCAUCCCUGCUGUAAGUUUUCCCCACUGACUUCAGGGGAGACAGGAGCUCUGUAUAUACAUAAAAAGGCUAUAUUCUUGCUCCUUUGUAUGGAGUUCCAUUAGCAAUGUAUAAAGAUGCAGACCUCCAGAAUCUCCCUUGCAAAAGCCCUCUUGUGACAGAAACUAUGGUAAUUAAAAGCAUUCCUAAUACUUCUACCCAGCCCCUGCUCAUUUUAACAGAGCUUAGGCAGGAAAGAUUUAACAAAUUAGCUUCAGUUAAAUAGUGAUUGGAAAGGAAGACGUGCACAGUGGUGGCAGUGCAGAGUUGGCCUUUGCAAUAAAAUAUUUUCCAAGCAGAAGGGAUUUUAAAUAGAAAUUAUGCAUCGCUGACUUUUAAAGGAAUGGGAGUACACCUCAGGACCCCUAGGUGAUUUCUUCAUUUGGGAAAAAAAGCAGCAGAUAAAUGAUAUUGCGAAGAUGUUGGCUGCUGAAAUCUUUCUCAGGACCAAUAAGUGGCAAUAAAUUAAAUAAAUUAAUAACUUACCUUCAGGAAGAUCUGGUGCUUUUUUCACUUGAAGUCUCUGUACUCUACACAGUGGAUCUCUGGGGAGGAUUCUUGCAUUCCCCCUGCCAAGAUCCCAACUUGAGGGAUCAGCCAUAGUUUGCCAAAACAACAAUAUAGGGUUUGUGCUGUGAAAGGUGCCUAUGGCAUAGCAAUGAGGCAGAGUCAAGUUCUCUACAGAAAAAUGACCUUCUGUUGCCUCAGAACCAAGCUCCACCCACUCGCCCACCCUUAGCACCUGUUUUAAAAAAACAUGAUGUUGAAUAGCAUGAUAGGAAAAAAGCAAGAAAGCCUGGGAAAUGCUUUGCCAAAUCCUGUUUGUGGGUGUCCAUACAUAGAAUUGAGUAGGAAUUGGCCAGCUGCCCUGCUGUUUUGGCUGGAUGAAACUAGUUGCCACAGAAUUUGUGUAUAUAAACAAACAAUAUAAUUAAUGUGGGGUUUUUUUUAAAAAAAAAAAGCUUGCUGCUUAUGUUGACACAAUUGGCUUUUCAAAUUUUAUAAACUCCAACAAGCCAGUAGGUGUCACUUUAAAAAAAAAAGGAGGGUUGCCAUUUAUUGAAAGUUGGCUUACAUGUGUGUGUCUUUAGUCCCCAUCCCCUGCUGCCAGUUUGCUCUGGAGUGAGUGUAAUGGAACUUGAUCCUGAGUAAGUAUACAAAGGACUGUAGCCAUCCUCUGCAAUCAGAUGCUUUAACUACUGUUGGAAAAAUAAGUGAAGCACUGGAUUUCUUUUUAGCUGAGAAAACAUCUUUAAACGUUACCCCUCUUAGAAUAAAUUUGCUGUGGUUGCAGUACAUGCAGGGAGAAUGUAUAUAUUUUUGUACACAAAAGCAUUUCACUGUAUAGGGUUAUUGAGAGAAAUACCAAUGUAAAUAUUUUGUGCACUAUGCUUGAACAGUAUAUGAAAAAUUGGCUAACUGUGUGUGUUUUCCCAGCUCCCCUCCCCCCAGUUUAUGUAUGGUCUGUUUUUAAAACUAGAGAGCACAAACCAUUGUCCAGUGUACUUGAAAAAUGUUCUCAGUUAUCACACAGUGCAGCUAUUAUGCUUUUGAAGGUAAAUGUGAUGUAUUAAUAGUUUUCUCAAAUUCUGUAAGAUGCAAACAUUGUUUUUCCUGUUAUUGGCUCCUCUGUUCUGUUUUUCAUAACCUUAUCCCAUGGGCAGUAGUCAGACUUCUCUGCUUUGUGCUGCUGCAAUAUUUGAAUAUCUGGAGGCACUUCAGAGAAAAGAGAGCACCUACAUCCCCAUUAAAAUAACGUAUAUACUGAAUGUGACAAGCUGGGGGAACUGUAGUUGGUCAUUGGAAGAGGCAGGAAUAAAUUAUAGGCCUAACAACACCCAGUCAUUUUUCUGUGAUCGUUAGGUCUGCUUUGCUAUCACUGCUUCAUUGUGGACUUGGGAUCAAUUUGCAUAGUUGUCUUGUUUGUUCAUCUGCAGAGUGUUGUCCUGCAUUCACCUAAUGGGAGUUCCUCACAAAUGAGGCUAUUUGAGUCAAAUGAAAUACAGCCAAGAGCAUAUAAACUAAUAAUGGGCAAGUGUAGGGAUAACCCCUGAUCUCUCACCUAUGACUAGGAGCUUUCCAUUUGUCCUCUCUUCCCUCCCCCUUCCCCUGUUUACACUUUCCUGGUAUGUAAAUGUUCUUCCUUUCUUCCAUGGCUGUAGCAUUACACCUGCAUUGGUGCUCAUGUUAGUUAAUGCUAACUAGGAUUGUCCUUCUGACUGUAGUGGUUAGAAGGCAAUCCUGGUUAGCAACAACAGAGACAACAUGCUUUACCAGGGAUCAGGAACCUAUGGCCUUCCAGAUGUUGCUGGUCCACAAUUCCCAUCAUCCCCUACCAUUGGCCAUGCUGGCUGGAGCUGAUGGGAGUUGGAGUUCCACAACAUCCAGAAGGCCACAUCAUGGCUAAAGCAAACUGGGAGAGGGUAAUUCACCCCCUAGUGAGGAUGGUGAAUGCAAGCCCCCACAGUGUACAUCUCUUGUCUAUGGUUAGGAGUUGACCCAGUGUUAAGACAUAACACAGUGUGAACAUGUGUCGAGCUAUUUAUACUCCUGGUGUGGAAGAAAGUAAUGUGUGUGCCUACCUUUGAUGCUUGAUAAAUGAGCCAGCCUCAGUUCUUCGAAAGCUACUAUUUGAGAUAGCCUAGUGCUUCACCUUGCCAGUAGUUCACAUGAGAUCGCAAUCUGGCUGCUUAAGGUAUGUUUUUUAAAAAAUCCUGAAAGUGCUCCUCUCCUUGCUGUUUACCUAAGAUCAGACUGCAGUACAGAAUCUUGUGGUUUAUCGAUAACAAAUGUAGUAGAAACAUCAGUCAGUGUAUCGGCCUUGUUGAUAAAUAGAGUUGCUGUAGUCUGAAUGUACUGCUUUUUAAGAAGUGAUAUUGGAUGUUCCGAGUACUGUGUACCAAACCUGCUGUAGCUUAAUGCCAUCUUCUGCCCUUUCAAAUGUAAGCUGCUUUCUAAAAGCUUGUUUGCCUAGUUAAUAUGGAUGGUUCCUCUGUUUCUGCUGUAGCUUUGUUUUGAUGAAAGUAAAUUGUUGUUUUGCUUUAACUCGAGAGCCAUCCCCAUAAUCUGUAUUUGGCAGCUAAUGAUCUAUCUUGGCCUGUCUUUUUUCCUUUUGGAAAACAUGAAGUUAUACUGUGUUCUGCAUGUGAAUUUAAACUUGGAUGAUUCCAUUGAGCUAUGAUGCCAAUUGCCAUGUUAUAAAUCUUUUUUUCUGUUAUAAAGCAGGGGAAAAAAGUUGAUUGUAACACUGUUUAUCUGCACUGAAUAUAGUGACCUUGUAUCCUGUUUUGGACAUCUGAUCUCAAAUAUUAGGUAGCUUUUUUUGAAAAAAAAAAAGUCUAUAUACCAAAAUUGUGUGUUGUCUUUAAAAAAAUGUUUUGGUCCUUUUAAUUUAUAAUCUCUAGAGAAAUGUUAGGUUCUACUGAUGAUGAUGUUGAAUAGCCAUGAUGAUCUCAAAGCUAUUUUUUUAAAACCCUGCUAUUCAUGUUAUUAUUUAUUAUCUGACCCCCAGAUCAAUGUACUACUAUUUAAUGGACUAUUUGUAGACUGAUUUCACAACUGAAUUAGGGUUGUGACCAAUUAAACCUUCUAUGUUUACUGUAA